AUAUAUAUUUAUAAAUAUAUAUAUUCUCUCUGCUCCCCUGAGUUAGUAUUUAGUAGUAUUGGAUGUUCUGAUUUAUUUCUAGAUUACUUGUAAGAUCUUUGAAUAUGAGGCUGUUCUGAGAUCUGUACAGAAUUCCUCAAAUAAUAUGCAAAUCAUGAGCUACGAGAACGGUCAGCCUGAUCUAUCAAUAAAAGCCCUGUUAUUUCAUGAAGUAUAUGUUAAUAUGUUUCAAGUUCUUGUGAGUGAUCAUGCUUAGUUUACAUGGUUGCAGAUUACCGUUUCAAAACUCUUAAGUUUUGCAGUGUCUUCAUUUAAAGCCAGAUUAAGCAUCUCCAUAUUUUUACUUUUUAUCUCACCAUAAUAUGUGUGAAUAUUCUUGUCUUAUCUGUAUUCUAAUUGGUAGACAAAGCAAGAUGAAAGCAUGUUUGAAGCUGAAGAGGAAAGACAAAGAGGAGACGCCAUUUAUGAGGAAUUCAAGACUGUUAUUAGAGGAACGUAUCGCCCUUUUCAAUGGGAAAUGCAAUCCUAUCCGUUUCUUUUCUGCCAAGGAGCUCAGCAAAGCAACAAACAACUAUGACCGACGUCAACUUUUUCUGCGGGACGGUAGUGUUAAAUUUUACAAGGGUUGUCUGGAAGGCCGCUUAGUUUCAGUUAAAAAAUUUGAUGACUAUCACUUGCCUCAGUGGCCUUUUCCUCCUGUUACUAGAUAUGGCAUUUUUAAAGACGUUGUAAUUGGAUCAAACAUGAGUAGUCACAAAAAUGUUCUAAAGCUCCUAGGAUGCUGCCUAGAGACCCAAUCACCGACUCUAGUGUAUGAAUACGUAGGGCACAAGAAUCUCUUCACGUGCAUUCGUUAUCCAAUCGAGUCUCCUUGGUUACUUGAUCGUGAUGAUCCAGUCAAGUCUCAGCCGUUACCAUGGAAGUGUAGGGUAAGGGUUGCAAUGGGAAUAGCUAAUGCAGUUGCAUAUCUCCAUACUGCUUUUUCCAGGCCCUUUGUACAUAGGGAUAUUCAGCCGCUCGUCAUUAUAUUGGAUGAGAAUAAUGUUCCCAAAUUGAUUGAUUUCUCACGAUCUUUACCUAUUCCUGAAGGUCAAGUGCAUGCAACCGAUAGUGUUGUAAGCUCGAGAAUUGGUUGUAUUGCACCUGACUAUCGUCUUACAGGCAACUUUACUGAGAAGGAUGACGUCUAUUAUUUUGGCGGAUUUCAACUUGAGCUCUUGACAGGAUGGACGGUGAGUACAAAAAUUACCAGGUACAAUGAAGACCUUCAUCUAGACUGGGUGAAGGCCGAAUAUGAUGAACAACGGUUGAUUGAAAUUGUAGAUCUGGAAUUGUUGGAAGAAAGUGUUGAUCAGCAGCAGUUUCUAACUUUUGCAAACCUUGCCCUGAGUUGCAUCUCCGACAAACGAGAAGAUAGACCAACAAUCACUGAUGUGGCUAAACAACUCAGGCGGAUUUAUGAUCAGUGUCUCACACAUCCUUAGAUUAGCUAGCUACGUUACAGAUUGAUUAAUGUAUAUAUAUAUUCAGGGUCUUCUAUGCUCUAUAAUACAUGCAGCAUUUGAAGGCACAAAUCUGUCAUCAAGAAUGUACUCAAUUAAAUAAAAAGGCAUACAUGCAGCCAUGUUACCAUUUA